AUGGGUCAGUUGGCAUCACAGGCGAUCUCAACCUUUGGUCCGGUUCGCGAUGUCAUAACCCCAGGUUCGCUGAUUCUUUUGAGGGCAAAAUCUAUUGUCCACGCAAACAUCGCUCAGCCGCCAAUCUUCCAGACUAAAGGGCGGCGACGAUUAAUGACGUCACAGAGUGCUCCUUCGGACUAUCAUCGGACCGAUGUCCGUCGAGAUGCUCCGAUUCAAGCUAAGCCGGAAGCAGAACAAGUAAACAAUGCGAACGCCGUUCAUCUUUCAUGA